AUGGCGGACGAAGAGGUCCAAGCUCUCGUCGUGGACAACGGGUCCGGAAAUGUGAAGGCCGGAGUUGCAGGUGAUGAUGCGCCUCGCGCAGUGUUCCCAUCGAUUGUUGGCCGCCCAAAGAAUCCCGGCAUCAUGGUUGGGAUGGAGGAGAAGGAUUGCUAUGUCGGCGAUGAGGCGCAGAGCAAGCGAGGUAUCCUGUCUUUGAAGUACCCCAUCGAGCACGGGAUCGUCACGAAUUGGGAUGAUAUGGAGAAGAUCUGGCACCACACUUUCUACAACGAGUUGCGUGUUGCACCAGAAGAGCACCCGGUUCUUCUUACAGAGGCCCCUCUAAACCCGAAGGCAAAUCGUGAACGAAUGACUCAAAUUAUGUUCGAGACGUUCAACGUCCCUGCGAUGUACGUCGCCAUCCAGGCCGUGCUUUCGCUGUAUUCUUCGGGUCGUACUACUGGUAUUGUUCUGGAUUCGGGGGACGGUGUGUCCCACACUGUUCCAAUCUACGAAGGUUAUGCACUGCCGCACGCAAUGAUGCGGUUGGACCUUGCCGGUCGUGACCUGACAGAGUACAUGAUGACAAUCCUUCACGAGCGUGGAUAUGGCUUCACCACCACCGCCGAGAAAGAAAUUGUGCGCGACAUUAAGGAGAAGCUCUGCUACAUCGCGCUCGACUUCGACGAGGAGAUGAAGAAUGCCGAAGACUCGAGUGACAUCGAAAAGUCCUACGAAUUGCCUGAUGGCAACAUAAUCACUGUUGGCAAUGAGCGUUUCCGCUGCCCUGAGGCUCUCUUCCAGCCUUCAUUCUUGGGCAAGGAGGCAUCGGGUAUCCAUCGUACCACGUUCGAUUCCAUCAUGAAGUGCGAUGUGGACAUCAGGAAAGACCUCUACGGCAAUGUUGUUCUCUCUGGCGGCACAACCAUGUACGAAGGCAUUGGCGAGCGCCUUACCAGGGAGCUCACGUCUCUGGCUCCGUCUACGAUGAAGAUCAAGGUUGUUGCGCCUCCUGAGCGCAAGUACAGUGUCUGGAUUGGAGGAUCUAUUCUGUCUUCGUUAUCGACUUUCCAGCAGAUGUGGAUCACAAAGGAAGAAUAUGAUGAGUCUGGACCGAGCAUCGUUCACCGCAAGUGCUUCUAA